AAAAUAAAGGCUGAUUUCAGCGUAUAACAUUAAAUAAACAUUUCUGAAGUUUUUUGAUCACUUGAUUUACACAAAAAGUAUUUAACGAUGUCUGAUGAAAAGAAGGAAAAGGGAAACGAAAGCGAGCAUAUCAACUUAAAAGUGUUGGGACAAGAUAAUGCUGUGGUUCAAUUCAAAAUUAAGCGCCACACACCACUCAGAAAGCUUAUGAAUGCAUACUGUGACCGUGCAGGCUUAUCUAUGCAAGUCGUAAGAUUCCGUUUUGAUGGAUCUCCGAUCAAUGAAAAUGAUACACCUACGUCUCUUGAGAUGGAAGAAGGAGAUACAAUUGAAGUUUACCAACAGCAAACAGGAGGAUCAGGAUCGAAUUAAGGCGUGC